AUGGCCCAUUCUGCCAGUUAUGGUCAGGUCAUUGAGUACAUCCAAGAUCGCUUGUAUCUCGCUUCCUACACUCAAGCGCCUAAUGAGCACACUCCAUUUCCCUAUCCCUCUACUCAAGCAAAGAGAUCGCCUCAUAAAAAGCCCUCGAGAGUACAACCCACACCUGCGUCUCCAGCUUUGCGCCCGCCACCUGUCUACUUUACAAUUGACGACACUCUCCUCUACAAUGCAUUCCACGCCGAUUUUGGCCCAUUGCAUAUUGGACAUCUCUACAGAUUUGCUGUUCAAUUCCAUGAGAUCUUGGGUGAUCCGGCCAAUAAUGACAGGGCUGUUGUCUUCUGGUCCAGAGCCGAUGCGAGAAGCCGAGCCAAUGCAGCAUGUCUGGUAGCCUGCUACAUGGUCCUUAUUCAAGCUUGGCCUCCCCAUCUUGCUCUGGCUCCAAUUGCUCAAGCCGACCCUCCCUACAUGCCUUUCAGAGAUGCAGGCUACAGCCAAGCAGAUUUCAUCCUCAAUAUUCAAGAUGUUGUAUAUGGUGUAUGGAAGGCCAAGGAAGAGAACAUCUGCCAGUUGAAAGAAUUCAAUCUUGAAGAGUAUGAACGAUAUGAAAGAGUUGAUAUGGGUGACUUCAACUGGGUAUCGCCCCAGUUUGUCGCCUUUGCUUCACCCCAGUCUGAACCUGUAGCACCUAUUCCUGUUACCUCUCCAGCUUAUACAACUCUGCCAUCCUGCAUACCCGAGAUUUCAAGUGCGAGGAUAGGCCAGCCUUUCAAGAACGUGCUCACCCACUUUGUCCAACGUGACGUUGGCUUGGUUGUGCGACUCAACUCGGAGCUGUACUGCCCCACCUACUUCACUGCUCUGGGUAUCCAACACCUUGAUAUGAUCUUCGAGGAUGGAACUUGCCCUGCACUUCCCAUCGUGCGCAAAUUCAUCAAGCUCGCUCAUGAUAUGAUUGUUAAGAACAAGGCUAUUGCUGUCCACUGCAAGGCUGGCCUUGGUCGGACUGGAUGCUUGAUAGGUGCAUAUCUCAUAUACCGCCACGGUUUUACUGCCAAUGAAGUCAUUGCCUUUAUGCGUUUUAUGCGCCCAGGAAUGGUAGUUGGUCCACAACAACAUUGGCUGCAUCUGAAUCAAGGUCAAUUCAGGGAGUGGUAUCUCGAAGAUCAGUGGAAGGCUAAGAUGGAACUGGCCAAGCCCACCACUCCUCGAAUCAUGUCGGCCAAAACACCCAUGCGCAUUCCCAGUGGUACCCAGACCGCAACACCAAAUCGUUCCAGUGUACAGCGAGCAGCUCUUGGAGAGAUCGACGGAAAUGAUGUCUCCAAUGGUUCUUAUCAGGACGAGAAUUUACCAGCCCCAACACCUGGCCAACCAAGAAAAUACGCCCGAAUGGACCCCAGAAACCAUCCCUAUGCUCGAUCAACCUCAAAUUCCAUGCGCGUCAGUGGCUCCAAGGCCGAUGAAGCUCAAAUGUCGGAGCAUCGUCAGAGUACAAAUGGCGGUGACAGCGAGGAAGAGUUGAUUCUCCAGAGAGCAGCUCUUCGGAGAAGUCAAAGCCGAAGCCCCAGUAGUAAAGGAAAGGCUCGAAGUGUUUCAUACACAACCACCACCACCACCAUGACCAAAACUUUUGAUGUUGCUGAUCCGAUGGGCAUAUACGAGGACGACGCUGAGAUGAAUUUCCAAAUGGAGGAUACCAAUGCCAUCUGGGAUGAACUCGCCCAAGAGCAAGAAAACCUGAAGCUUAGCACCAAAAAUGACAAGGUCCAGGUUGGAAGCAAGCCAAAAACUCCACGAUCGGCCAGUGGGAUGGGAGCCAUGAGUGUUUCAAAGACGAGAUCUCUUCGAGAGUCUCCUCGACGAAGUGGUGCUGAGGAUAAGACAAAGGUUCGCAAGACCAGUAACCGUGUUGCUAGUGGAAGCCAUGCACCUAUGGCUGUCAAGCGGUGA